CGGGUAUCGCGAACAGAAGUUGACAGCAACCUACACUUCCAAGUCCCCGCCGUGUUCAAAGUCUCCACUGUCCGACGAUGAGCAGCGCCCCCGCAGACAACGUGGAGGCCGUGCAGCGCAUCACGCGGCGCAUCGACGCCAUCGGCGAGCGUGACCAGGGCGUCUUCAUGGGGCUCUCGUGGUACUACAUCAAGCUCAUCCUGCUCACUGGCUUCGGCUGGGCCAUGGACUCGAUGGAAACCUUCAUCUUCACCUACUGCGCCGCACUCAUCCGCGAGGACAUUCCGCAGAGCUCUCGUCAGGCGUCGUUCCUGGGCGGUGCAGUCUUCGUCGGCUCCUUCAUCGGUUCGUUCCCGUUCGGCACUCUGGCCGACAAGUAUGGCCGUCGCCCCAUGUUCAUGGUCACGCUCGUGCUCUUCCUGGUGGGUCUCGCCUUCUGCGCAUUGAGCUGGGACGUCACUUCCAUCACCUGUGCGCGUAUCAUCUCCGGUAUCGGCCUCGGUGGUGAGCUGCCAGUCGCCUCUACGCUCGUGCAGGAGCUUUCUCCAAAGAAGACACGAGGCAAAAUCAUCGUACUGCUCGAGUCCUUCUGGGCUAUUGGCUGCAUGAUGGCUGUCGUCAUGGCCUUCGGUGCCGCGCCCAGGAUCGGCUGGCGUGAAACCUUCUUCAUCUGCUGCGCGCCUGUGGUCUACGCCGUCGUCAUCCGCAUGUACAUCCCAGAGUCUCCCAAGUGGCUGGCCAGUGUCGGCCGCUACGACGAGGCUGUGGCAAUUGUGGAGUCCAUCGAGCGUGCGCACGGCAUGGACCCGUACGAUCCCAAGACGGACAUCGAAGACGGCGAGCCGCUUCCGCCUGCCCCGCCUCAACUCCCGGAUUCCCACAUCAAACGCAUCGGAAUGCUCUUCCAGCGCCAGUUCCGCGUACGCACCACCGUCCUGUGGACACUCUGGUUCGGUAUCUCCAUGUCUUACUACGCCAUCUUCAUCUACCUACCCACGCUGAUCUCUCUCAAGGGCUACAACAUGAACGGCCAAUGGGAAACGAUCCUUAUCAUCACGGCGUUCCAACUGCCCGGCUACUUCGCUGCUGCGGGUCUAGUGGAGAUCAUCGGUCGUAAACAGACCCUCGUACUCUUCCUGGCGGGCUCCUUCGCGUCUGCUAUUGCUAUGGGAUAUGUCGAUGCGUCCAAGGUUCCGGUCAUGAUCACGGGAUCGUUCACGUCCUUCUUCAUGCUCGGCGCCUGGGGCUGCGUCUACGCAUACACCCCAGAGAAUUACCCGACGGCCAUUCGAGGCAUGGGUGCUGCCUAUCCGUCCGGCUUUAGCCGCAUCGGCUCGUUCAGUGGCCCAUACCUCUGCGCCUCCAUGUUCGGAGACUGGAAUGUGUCUCUCGAAGCCAUUAUGUGGGUGUUCGGCGGACUGCUGAUGAUCAUUUCGGGCAUUGUCCUUGUGUUCGGCUACGAACCGCGUGGUAAGGACGUCGAGCUGUACGAAGACGACAAUCACACGGAGAAAUCCCUCGCCUUCGAGGCCGUACAAACGCCAAAGUAAAGGGUGCGUUACCACUAACCGCUGGUUGAAAGCGGUAUGUCUGCAUUAGUUAAGUUUAAUACAUGCUACUCAUUCGAGCAAUUUGACGGACUU